AUGAAACACUGGACAGGGUCAGAGGCCAACAUGGCUGCACACAACCACUUAGCUCUCUCAGAUGGAUACUGCCUUGCAGAGCCACCCCAGCUUUAUGAAGUUCUGACAGAUCAGAUCAGCUACCCACUUCAAGAUCCAGAUCUGCAGAUGACUCCAUACAACCAGUAUCCCAGCAUGCAAUUCUCUCCAAUGGCAGCACCCCAGCCACAAACACACUAUUCUGCCCACAAUUAUUAUCCACAGUAUUCAGCUGAAGGGCAUUAUUCACCUAACUCGUAUGAAUUAAACAAAUCACAGUUCCUGGGCCCCAGUGAUGCUGAUACAGGAAUACCUGUAAUGAAAAGACCUCGACUCAAUCAUUCAUCUUUGCGAAUAAAGGGUGAGGAGGAGCUAUGUGUGGUGUGUGGAGACAAAGCCUCUGGGUAUCACUAUAAUGCACUAACCUGUGAAGGAUGCAAAGGAUUCUUCCGCAGGAGUAUCACCAAGAAUGCUGUGUAUAAAUGUAAGACUGGUGGGAAUUGUGAAAUGGAUAUGUACAUGAGGAGGAAAUGUCAGGAAUGUCGACUGAAGAAAUGCAAAGCUGUAGGAAUGUUGGCAGAAUGUUUGUUGACAGAAAUUCAGUGUAAAUCUAAGCGUUUGCGGAAAAACACCAAGCAAGUCAUGGACCUAUUGUGUAACAUAAAGAUGGAAGAAGAAGGAGUUGACAGUAAACAGGUUUCAUCCACAACCAAGGCUGGGAAGAUACAGGAGAGAGUUGAGUUCACACCUGAACAACAACAACUUCUGGAUUAUAUUGUGGAAGCUCAUCACAAGUAUCGAAUACCCCAAGAAGCAGCAAGAAAAUUUUUGCUGGAACUUUCAAAUCCUGUGGAGAAUCUUCUCCGACUGACAGAGAAUGCGACACUUCAUGUUGAAGUAUUAGUGGAGUUUACCAAACGAUUGCCAGGAUUCCAGACAUUAGACCAUGAAGACCAGAUUGCAUUGCUAAAAGGUUCCACUGUGGAAGUCAUGUUCCUUCGGUCUGCGCAACUGUAUAACCAGCGCUUCACACAGAUUAGUCACCAAUUUAUCCAAGACACUGAUCACUAUUCCACAUUCUCUGGGUGCUGUCAUAACCAGUGUUUUGAGGAGCAUGUUCCAGCUGUUAUGAUGGAGCAGUCCCAUCUGGAUGAAGUUUCAAUUAUUGUUCCAAAUUGUGCAUUAGGUACAACUGAAGAAUUUAUAACACCAAUGUUCGACUUCUACAGAAGUAUGGGAGAAAUGAAUGUGACAGAUACUGAAUAUGCCUUACUUUCUGCAACCACAAUCCUUUUCUCAGAUCGACCCUAUAUAAAGAAUAAACUACAUGUAGAAAAGUUACAGGAGCCUCUUUUGGAGAUUUUAUACAAGUAUUCGAAGAUCCAUCAUCCGGAAAGUCCACAGCGCUUUGCUCGGCUGUUGGGUCGUCUUACUCAACUUAGAACCCUUAACCACAACCAUUCGGAGGUACUGAUGUCAUGGAAAACAAAGGAUCAGAAACUCACACCCUUGCUGUGUGAAAUUUGGGAUGUACAGUGA